AUGAGUUGUAAUAAUCAAACAUUAGAGUCACUUCAAAUUUUUCCAUCAGAUGAAGAUGAAGCAGACCGAAUUCAGUUAAAAAAUGAUCUUGUUAAAUUGGCUUUUGAAGGAGAAUUUUCUUUACCUUUUAAUUAUAAUGAUUUACAAAACUGUAAAAUAUUAGAUAUAGGCUGUGGGCCGGGCGCUUGGUGUAUUGAUUUGUCAACAAAAUAUCCACAUAUUGAUGUGAUUGGAGUAGAUAAUAUUGAUAUGUUUCCUGCAGAGUGUAAUUUACCUAAAAAUUGCCAAUUAAUGGUGGCCAAUGUACUUUAUGGUUUAAAAGAAUUCGCUGAUGCAAGCUUUGAUGUCAUUCACAUUCGUUUCAUGGUUUUAUCAUUUACGAGUGCUCAAUAUUCACAAGUAAUUAAAAGUUGUUGGAGACUUUUAAAACCAGGAGGUUAUAUAGAAAUAUUGGAGACUGAUUUAAUCGUUUACUCAGCAGGUCCUGUCACUCAAAAAUUGAAUCAAGAAAGUAAAUAA